AAGCGUCAGCUGAUUCGCAUCUUGCGGGUGUUUGAAUUCGAACAUAUCAUUUUAGAAUGGUCGAAAAGGCAGAAGAUCUCGACAAAAUAUGUGACGUGCUGGACAGGCUAACUCUGGAUGCGUUGACCAUGAUGCAGGAAGAGAUAGAGUUGAAAAUUAACGCGGAAAAUGCGAUGAUCGGCGGCGAAAUGCAUUUAGUGAAAUCGAGGUACAUUUUAGGCCAGAAUAACGUGUCGGCUUUGCAGCUGCCGAGCGAGAACGGUCACGAAGCGAGCGCUUUGGUGAAGGUUCACGAAACCGAGGACGAAUUCGGUUUAAAACAGUUCGAUUUAGAGUCGAACAAGCCUGACGAGACUCGGCCGAACCCGAUCAGGUGGUUCGGUUAUUUGACGCCCCAGAGUCUGAGUUACGCCCAAAAUUUGUACCGGCAGGCAUUGCAGUGGAUCGUGCAGGCGGGCAACGUGCAGUUGAGGUUAACCGAAACCUGCGCCCAGAUCGAGAUACUGAAGAAACUCAAGAGAACCGUCCUCUUUGCGAAGUAGUCUUGUUACGUUUAAUAAAUCGUUUUUUGCGUUGG